AUGCGUUUGCUCCACGGAGCUUUCCGCAAUGCAUCUCGCUCCGCGCGAGUCCCACAAUGGCGACCCAGCGACUCGUCCAUCCUCGCCGCAGCCCGUCGCCCGUUGACACUGUCGCAGUCGCAACUGAAAUACACUGGCUCCCCACGUCUUUCCUCGACCAGUGCCGCGUCUAAGGACUCCUCCAAUCCGGCCAUGUCCUUUCCUUGUCUGGAUGCGCAAGAGGCACGGUCUGCACUGCUCUCCGCCCGCUCACUCGAAUCCGGUCCCGAACCCUCAUACACCGCCGGAGAACAUAAACGAUUUCACAGCGAGAAAUCAAUUCUGUUGGAUUGGGGUGGAGUCCUGCCAGAAUUUGAUAUUGCAUACGAAUCAUGGGGUCAGCUAAACAGUGACAAGAGCAAUGCGAUCCUUCUACACACUGGCUUGUCCGCCUCAAGUCAUGCUCACAGCACCCCCUCCAACCCCAACCCCGGAUGGUGGGAGAAGUUCAUUGGCCCCGGACUACCUCUCGAUACCGAUAAAUACCAUAUCAUCUGCACAAACGUUUUAGGUGGCUGCUUCGGUUCUACUGGACCCUCCUCCACUGACCCUUCUGACGGAGAACGCUAUGCGACCCGAUUCCCGAUCCUGACAGUAGACGACAUGGUACGAGCUCAGUUCCGCUUGCUCGACGCGCUUGGUAUUGAGAAGCUCGCGGCCUCCGUGGGUUCCAGCAUGGGAGGUAUGCAAAGUCUAGCCGCUGGCGUUCUCUUCCCGGAGCGCGUGGGGAAGAUCGUAAGCAUCAGCGGUUGUGCACGCAGCCAUCCUUACAGCAUUGCGAUGCGACACACCCAACGCCAGGUUCUAAUGAUGGACCCCAACUGGGCACGCGGCUUCUACUAUGAUUCUAUUCCCCCUCACUCCGGCAUGAAGCUUGCCCGAGAGAUUGCAACUGUCACUUACCGCAGUGGCCCCGAGUGGGAGAACCGAUUCGGACGCCGCCGUGCCGACCCCAGCAAGCAGCCGGCACUGUGCCCCGACUUCCUGAUUGAGACCUACCUCGACCAUGCCGGUGAAAAGUGGUGCCUGGAAUUCGACCCGAACAGUCUUCUCUAUGUGUCCAAGGCCAUGGACCUGUUCGAUCUCGGCCACGCUCAUGAAUCAGAGACCCGUCGUCGCCGUGCCGAAUCGGAGUUCCGCAUUGCUAAGGGAGGUAUCUCACCUAAUGUCUCUGACCCCACUUGCACUCUCACCCUCCCAGACCAGCCCUAUGAGGAACAGCCCGAGGUAACCGCCUCUAUUCCACCCACAGACCAAGCUGUCUCCGGCAGCCCCGAUGGACCCCCACGCGACCUCGUCACCGGCCUGGCCGGUCUCAAGAACCACGAGGUCCUCGUGAUGGGAGUGGCCAGUGAUAUUCUCUUCCCCGCGUGGCAGCAGCGUGAAAUCGCCGAGACCCUCCGCGCAGGCGGCAACAAAACCGUGAAGCACAUCGAGCUAGGCGAAGAUGUCUCGAUGUUUGGACAUGAUACAUUCCUUUUGGACUUGAAGAAUGUCGGGGGUCCGCUGGGUCGGUUCCUGCAGUAA